UUUGUUUUUUUUCACCCUAUCUAGUCUAUGAAGAUUUAGGUUCGAUCAACUCUUUACUCCCAAAAUCAAUUUACAUAAGUUAGGUUACCAAGGCCAAUGUCAUAGCCUUAUUUAUUGAUAAUACAGAUAUGUCAGAAUAGCCUGUGUAGUGGUUAGCUUUUACCCAAUUGUAAUUUGUAUUCUUUUUCUUCCAAAGUCGAAAAUAGCUACGAAAGACGGUAUUAAUUUGAAACUUUUUAUGUUGUUUUAUACAUGUAUGCAUAUCGUUUGCAAAAUGUAUGUAUCUACACUUAUUUUGUAGAUAUUAUUUCGAGCAAUAUUUGAUAACCAUAACCUGAGUACUAUCAUGAUCGACUAUGUGAAAAUAGUUGAUGGAAUGUGCCAGAGUGAUUGUUCUGAUGACGAAUUUCAAUGUGGCAGUAGUGAAUGUAUACAUACUGAUAAAGUAUGUAAUGAAAUCAUUGACUGCAGCGAUGGUUCCGAUGAAAAAUUUUGUGAUAUUCCUCCGAACAACAUUACGUGCGGUGAAGGAGACAUCACUGAUGGUACCAUUGCUAACCCUAUACAGGAAACUUCACAAACAUGUCACUGGAAUUACUCUCUUUCUCAAACAUUUUGUAUGGGUUCUUCAAAUGCGUCUCAAACUCUGUGUUUUGAGUACUCUCCUGCAAGCCUUGGGGAUUUCUCUCAAACCUCUCCAGUUUUCUGGAUAUCUAACUCUAGCGUAUAUGACAUGUGUUUUAGCCUGAACUCUUCAGAUUUUCUUCUCUGUUUAAAAUGUUCGUCAGCAUUUGGGAAUCAUUCUACAAUUUGUUCAUCAAUACAGUCAUUACAAGGGUCCCCAGUAUUCCGAAUCCUUCCAUCGGUUUGCUCUUAUCAAAAUUCAUCCUCGGAAACAACUUGUUACAAUUGUUUAUUCACUAUCUCAGAGAUGGUAAAUAAUUGCUCAGAAUUCACAAAUGCAAGUCAUUGUGUUUCGGAACUUUGUUCACAGUGUCUGGUGUCCUUUGUUGACCUUCUAUAUCGCAACUUCUCGGACCUUUACUUAAAUGUCAUAAAUAACAGUUCAGAUUGCACAGAAAAUAAAUCGGAUGUUUUGAUUAAGUGUGACGACUGCACACAAAGCAGCGCACAAUGUGCAACUGAAAAUGCUUUAAGCAGCACUGCUUCCGGUCCCACCGAUAAUGACAACCGUUCGAUUCCAUUAGAAUGUCCAAAGUGCAUCUUUAAACACUCAAUGAAUACAAGUAUUUGUUCCGACUGUUUGAAUGUUAGUAUGUUAGUUGAAUGUGAUUGUGAUAAGGUAAGCAAUACCACAUGUCGCCCAUUCUGCCCUCUUGGAUGCAACUGUUCUGGAAACAGCUAUAUUUGCACAAGGAAAAACUGUCCCGCUUUUACUGAAAAAAUUCUACUGCAAAAUGUCACUUGUAACACUCUUCACGUUGAAGAAUUUGAAUAUGCACACAUUAUGGAGCUAAUAAUUUCGCACUCCGUAAUAGAUACGCUUUGGAUUAGACCAUUGAGUAUUGCUCUAUCUUUACACAAAAUUCAUCUUGAACACAGUGACGUGGGUUCUUUCUAUGUAUACUCCUCUCCGAAUAAACUCAUAUCACUCCAGUCUAUACACAUAAGCAAUGUUACAUUCAGAAAAGUUUUUCAAGGGAGGUCUAUUCCGGAAAAUAAACCACGAUCGGAUAAGCAGAAUAAAUUCAGAGUUCAGCGCUUCGGAGGCAAUGCCACAUACCAUUUAGCAUCAAGUAGAAUACUGUUUUCCCCACAAGUCUUUGAAAUAACAGGAAGUAAAUUGGACAACGUACCAACUACAUUUAUUUGGAGUAUAUUUUUUAAAUUCGAGAAUAUGCUAAAUCUUAGCAAUAAUGCGAUACCUGCAUUGAAAGAGAUGGAGGCGCGCAUAUUGGACUUGAGUCAUAAUAAUUUAGAAUAUUAUAAUCAUGCACCGCGUAUUCUAGAAAUGCUUUAUCUCAACAACAAUAGAAUUAAAUCAGCCAAGACUUUUCCUGCUAAAUACAUCCACCAAGAUACAGUUAAGGUUAUCGAUUUAUCAUAUAAUGAUAUUACUAUACUUACGACUGGGGAUUUGAGGUCUGGUAAACUUAUCUAUCUAAAUUUGAGUAGAAAUCAUAUUCAUACAAUAGAGGUGGAAGCUUUCUAUCUUACCACAAACCUUAUAGAACUUGAUUUGUCAUAUAACAACAUCUUGAAAAUCUACCCAGGAACCUUUCUGCCUUUGGGUAGUUUGAAAGAACUCUAUUUGCAGGGAAAUCCUUUUCAGGUCGUCGAUGGAAUGUUUGAAGGCCUGUUUAAUUUGCAUACUUUGCAAGUUAGCUUCUACACAAUUUGUUGUGCUACACCAAGUAGCAUUCAUGAUAUAAAGUGCAUUGCUCCUCCUAACGAAAUAUCGUCUUGCGAACAUCUGAUCGUUGUCCCAGUACUUAAUGUGGCUAUAUGGUAUUUAGCGUUGUUGUCAGCAUUUGGGAACAUAAUUGUAUUUGUCUACAAUUCAUACAAUCUAAAGAGCAAAAAAGCAGGUGCUUAUUAUGUGCUCACGAUAAACCUGGGUUGUGCGGAUUUUCUAAUGGGUAUCUACUUAUUUACCAUAGCGUUAACUAAUUUGUAUUACACUGGUAACUAUGGUCUGUCUGAUUACUACUGGAGACAUAGUAUUGGCUGUACUAUGACGGGAAUCAUUGGUACGUUGUCUAGCGAGGUUUCUGCUUUUACUGUUUUCUUGAUAACUUUGGACAGAUUUAUUGUUGUCAAAUACCCAUUCUCAGAUAUGAAACUUACAGCCAAAAGGGCCUUCAUUUUGUGUUUGAUUUCCUGGUUGGUUGGAGUUAUCCUGUCUGUAAUACCACUGUUCCCAGGUAUAGGUCUAGAUGGUUUUUAUGCUCAGUCUGGUGUCUGCAUUUCUCUUCCCCUUUCCGUAAUACGAAAAUCUGGCUGGGAGUACUCUAUGAUUAUUUUUGUGGGCCUCAAUUUCUUCCUCUUUCUGGGUAUUUUUGUUGGGCAGAUUUCAAUAUUCUUGGAAGUAGUCGCUGUGGGGCGAAGUAUCGAGUCCUCCAACAAAAAAGAGCGGGAGACUUCUCUGGCCACAACGCUUUUCGCUAUUGUUGUCACGGAUAUCUGCUGCUGGAUACCAAUUGGAACCAUAGGAAUGUUGACGUUUUUUGGAAUUGAUGUCCAACCUGAUGUGUAUGCUUGGAUGAUCAUUGUGGUAUUGCCAGUGAACUCGGCUAUAAACCCCAUACUCUACACACUCAUGGCUGUCUUGAGGGCAAAGAAAAAGAUGGAGGCAAGGAAAAUUGAAGAAAUGAAAAAGCAGUUGACAAUAAUGAAGUUGAGGAAUGAAGACAGUGGUCGCAGCAAAAGCCUGAAAACAAACGUGAUUUCCAGUCUGAGCACCGAAGUCACAUCUGACGAACACCCUAGUUAUCAUGGUUUAGAUGUCAAGUCCUCGGAUAGUAAUACUUAUGAUGGAGUAGAUACGAAAUCGCCGGAGAAUGCAGCACUUUGAUUUGAACAAGCAAGUGAACCUCUUCUUUAAUUUUGUGUACAUGUGUUUACUUGUACCAUCUAUGGAGUUCAGAUCUCCAUGGUACACACUAAGCAUAUGAUGUAACCUUCAUAUGACAUUGAACAAUACGUUUUGUUGUGUAGGUUAAAAUUCGUGAUGUGUUGAUAUUUUGUUAUUCUGUGAAUACAUUUUUAAUUUAGAUAUGUCCUCGUUAAUAGUAAAUUAUCGUUUUCUUCUUUUAUUAACUGCAUUCCAUGAUCCAAGUCUGCAGAAAUCAUCUAGUGUUUACUUAAAGUGAUUAAUGAUAUAUCAUUCUUAUUCUGAAAAAAAAAAGUUGUAAAAGAUAUAAGAUGGAUUUGAUUCUAGAAACAUUGUUUUGAAGAUAUAAAAUAGAAUAUCUGUAAAUUCCGAGAAGAAAAACUAUGAAUUGUCUAUGUGGGAACAGUCUAUAGAUAUUGUAUAUAAAUACAGUGUACUGUAUCUAGUUUUAUUCUCACCGAUACUACUUAAAUACAUCUGAGGUAAGAAAUCAGAUGGUAUUGAAAAUGAAUUUUAUAUAUUGUUAGAUUUUGUUUCUGUCUCAUUGUCAUGAAGUUGUAUCUAUUGUUAUUUUUUGUGUAACUUUAAACAGUCAUUACAUUUGUAUUAUAGCAUGCUUUUAAUUCACACGAUGUUAUAGUUACAGAAAUACUGCAGGCACACAACGAUACUUUUUUUUACGGCUAUCUAUUUUUGUUGUUAUUACACGCAAUGUUACAGUGUAGUUAUUUUUAAGCUAAAAGAUCGAUCCAUAGGCUGUCCCCUUCCCCACUAUAUGUUCACUGUCCUACAGUAGUUGUCAUGUGUAGUGAAAAAUUUAAGGAUCACCCCCUCCCCCUUCAGAUUCAAAUUUCGUUCCCUCUACGUUUUCUUCAUUGAUAUCAUUUUAGUUUUCCUGCUUGUCAAGUACUUUCCUACAAUCUUUUAUACCCCCACCCCCACCUCCAUGUUCACUUUGAAGAACGAUGCCAAAUAUAUAUGCUGUACUUAAUCACUUGCCGAACAACUAUAAACUUUUCAGCCAUUAUAAAGAAACAGUAUUUGAUUCCAUGAUUAUGAAAUGAUUAUUUGAACAUUAAUUUCGUAUGUUUAUCAGCGAUUUUUUUUUACAUUCCAUUCUAUUCAACGUUGUUUAAUUAAAUUCCAUAUAUAGUCUUAUUUUCAUUGCAGUUUAAUGUUUGCUAUUCUCGCUGUGAAAUUUAAAAUGCAGUGAUUGAAGCUCAGAUUGUAUAACAUUGGUAUAAAUUCAGAAUUUCAAAUACAUUAAAAGGAAAUUUGACAUGAAUCUACGAAAGCCCAGAAGGCUCAUUUGAGAUUCAAAAUUCAAAAUACGAGAUUCGAAAUUCAGAAUACGAGAAUCGAAUUUAUCAAUCAAAAUGUAGGUCACAAUAGA